AUGAACACCGCCGAUGGCAACUCGUCCUCGCUAAAUUCCUAUACCACCUUCAAUAUAGGCGUUAAUAGCAUCUGGAAAAAGAUUUACGUAUUCAUCCGACCCGAUGUUGGAGGCAAAGGCGACUUGAGCCUGCUCUUGGGACUACCAUGGCUGCACGACGUUGAUGCGAAGUUCAACAUCCGCGAGAGUAAGAUUGAAAUCGGUGAUCGCGGCGUUGGCGAGAACAUUGUCACGUUACAAAGACCGAUUUUCAUCCCGUCAGAGAAGCACAAACUCAUCCUCCACCCCAAGCCCCUAGGACGUCAGCCAGGUGGCAAGAUCCCGAUUAAGAUUCCCAGAAUGAAGCGCAAGGAGAGCGCGCGACCGGACAGCUCUAGUAGUUCCGAUGAGAACUACACGGACACUAAUAGCUACUCCACCAAUAAAAAUCGGAAAACUCAUAAGCCCGUUACGACCUAA